CUUAAAGCCCAUCACACAGCUUGUAUAUUGUCUCCCUCCCCUCUUUCUCUCUCCCUCUGACUCCCAAUUUCUGUGGCGGCUCUCUCUCAGAUUUGGAUCGAGCUCUUGUUCAAGUAAUUAUUCAAUUCUGAGUUCCUGUUUCCGUGAGUUUAUCCGAUUCGAUCUGUUUCUUGUUGAUCUUUAGUCGGUGGUCUCUCAAGAACCGCCAUGGUAGCUGGCGCGCAGCAGCAUCAACAACCACAAUCACAGCUUCAACCUCAAUCGCAGCAACAGACUCAGCAGGCCACACCCUCUGCACAAGAUGAGGCCCUAAAGAGGAACACAGAUUGCGUCUACUUUCUCGCUUCCCCCUUGACAUGCAAAAAGGGAAGUGAAUGUGAGUAUCGCCAUAGUGAGUAUGCUAGGGUUAAUCCCCGAGAUUGCUGGUAUUGGUUGAAUGGUAAUUGCUUGAAUCCCAAAUGUUCCUUCCGUCAUCCGCCUCUUGAUAGCUUCUUAUCACCACAGGCAGCCACUGCUGGUAAUGGUGGAUCAUCCGCACCCCCAUCGCAGAUUGCACCAACUUCUGUAUCACAUGCGCCUUAUAAUUCUACAAAGCCAGCUGUGCCUUGCAUUUUCUUCCAGAAAGGGCUUUGCUUAAAAGGUGACCGAUGUGCUUUCUUGCAUGGACCAAAUCCUAACACCAGUAGUAAAGUUCCUCAUGUUCAGGUGACUAACCAGGUUACUGAGCCUCCAAGUUUUAAGAAGGUUUUUAAUGGCCCAGAUAAGUCAACACAAGAAAGGAAAAAUUCCCAAGCAAACAUUGCAAAGUCAGUUGCAGGCUCUGGAGCUAAGCCUGCCCAAAGUGUUGAAACUGCUUCACAUGGAAAUUUAGUUGCUACAGGGAGGCAUGCACCACCACCACCAAUGGGAUUUGAUAAUGAGGUGUCUAGGUUCAAGGUAGUAAAUGCUCCUCCUGUUGCCAAUGGAACCACUGUUGCCAGGCCAAACCGAGUGUAUCAAUCUCAUGUAUCAGAUGAUCAUAGUUUCCACAACGGCAAGGAAAGUGAUGAAUUCUUGAGAGAAUCCUCACCUGGAUUUGAUGUUCUUGUAGCUGAUGAACUGAGGAAUUCCGAUUACUAUAACAGAGAGGACCAAUUUGGAAAAGCAAAAGGUCAAGAUGGGUUGAACUUGGACUCUGUGAAUGAAUAUGAUUUAGGACAUUCUGUAGAUUAUAAAUCUGUAGCUGAUUUUGACCAGGAAAGAUAUUGUGGCCCACAAGGUUAUGACUCAUACGAUCACAUGCAAGAGACAUAUUUAUGGGAUCAGCCCAGGAAUUCAUCUGAAAGAAUAUUCAGGGCAGCAACCCAUUUAGAAAGGAUGGCUCAUCGCAGAUCUGGCAGUCCUGAAAAUGUUGUGGUCUCAGAUCUCCGACAUCAUUUAUCUAAGCGCAGGAGGGUCAAUGGUUUGAAAUCUGUUGUGAGUCAUGAUUAUGCACAUCAGAGCCAUGAUGAUGAGCAAAGUCACCGAUUCUCUUCUCAAAAGGAUGCUCACCAGUUACCUCUGAAUGAAAGCGCUCUCAGUAAUCGCCUCCGAGGCAGGAUAAAGCUUCCAGCAAAUGGUGGUGACGAAUACAUGGAGAGGGAAUCAGAUAGGGGAAGAAGUAGAACCACAUUGUCACCUGGAUCUAUGCAGGCUCCUCACCUGGGUAGGUUCCGAGAUAGAUUGAGAGGAAGAGUGCAAGAAGAUUGUGAGAGGAAAAACUUCAGGGAUCGACCAAUAAGGAGAGAAAUAGAUGGGGACCAAAAUGUUGAUUUUGAUGGACCAAAAAGUCUUGCUGAACUGCGAAAUGGAAAGAAUGGUAAGAAUAAGGAGCAUCAGUUGCUUGGGAAGAGGAAAAGUUUGAAGGAACAACAACAAUCUGAAGAUGAUUUCUUGUUUGAAGGCCCAAAACCUCUUAGUGAGAUUUUGAAGGAGAAGAGAGCAGCUGGCGUUGAAGCAGCUUCGAAGAGUGGCAAAUCUUCUGAGAAUAAAGGAAACAAUAAAGACACAGAAGUUGCUAAUGGCUCAGAAUACACCUCUGUCACAGAUGCACAAAAUGACACUCUGCCUGCAAAUAAGGAAGACGUUAAGAACCAGGAAUCCAAGUUUCAGUCAACAGAGAACACGAUUGAAAGAGAUGCAGACAAGAUUGAUGUAACUCAUGCUCAAUCAUCUGAAGAAGGAAUGAUGGACAACCAAGCAAUAGAAGACCAGGAGUAUGAAGGUGAUGAUCAGAAGGAUGGUGAUUAUUACUAUGAGCAAGUUGACGAGGGAGACUAUAAUUUUGAUGAAGGUGAAAAUCCAGAGCAGGAAGAAUACAUGGAUGAUGAGGAUGGGGAUGACUUUGCUAAGAAGAUUGGUGUCAUGCUCACAUGAUUACACUGUGUGUAAGUGAAGUGGAACAUGAACAUCUACUCUCUCAAGAGUAUGAUACAGCAGACCUCCAAAAGUUAUCUAGGUGUCUAACUGUCCUGUAUUUCUGCAUAAAAUUUGUUUGUAGAAUUGGGGGAUAUAUAAAUUCGUUUUUUGUAUCCAUUAUCCCUUUACUGUAUUUGCAUCUCUUAUUGAAUGAAGAUUUUCAUAUUUGUAGUGGGGCAUUUUGCUGUACUCUCCGCAUACAAGUGUUAUGCAGAGUUAAAAGCCUGCAACGUUAGAAAGUUAAUAAGAAAGUCGUAUUUACUCUUCA